GCAAACAAUCUAUUCCAAUUAUAACUCUGCAACCAAAACCCUUUUAUCCUAAAUACCUCGAAAACCACUGCCGCCGCCAGCUAUGGAGACCCCAAACAGUCGCCGAUAUCUCCAUCUCCCCCAAGAACUCACCGAAGAAAUACUGUCAAGACUUGCGGUGAAAUCUCUCCUGAGAUUUAGGUGCGUUUCGAAAUCGUGGCGUUGUUUGAUUGGAAGCGACCGAUUCAUCAAAACCCACUUGCAAACUUCGUCCAAAAACGCAUCUCUUUCCCAUCACAGGCUUGUUCUUCAAAAGCCUCUCAACUUGUUGGAUGAUAGGGUGAAUAUACUGUCGAGGGCCCCGGUUUUUAUCGUGGGUUGCUGUAAUGGGCUGGUCUGCUGCUCCAUUAAUCCGGAGAAAGGGCGUUUUAUAUUGUGGAAUCCUGCAACCAGAAUCUCCAAGGAAUUACCACAAUUCGUAAAGGAUAAUAUGCGUUGGUCCAUUGUCAGUUACGGGUUCGGUUGGGACGAAUCGAACGAUGCACACAAGGUGUUUGUUGUUAUGUGUAGUCGUAAGCGGCUGGUGGGUAAACUGGGUAAACUUUAUAACUCAAACACAAAUUCAUGGAAAAUAGUAUCUGAGUAUCCUGAUUUCGAUUUGGAAUUAAUAUAUGGUAAGGAGGAGUUUGUGAGCGGGAAGCUUCACUGGCUGAGGAAGAGGAGGGGCGGGAGUGGUGGAUGGUAUGCUGCCGACAUUGUUACCUUCGACUUGAAGAGCGAGGAGUUCGGAGUGAUGGAGAUUCCAUGUGAGUCGACGCGGAUGUUGAGCCUCAACGAGGGGUGCCUUAGAGUGGUUUGUUAUAACAAGAGAAUGCCCUUUGAUGUGUUCACUGGUGCACACAUUAUAGACUUGGAAGUGUGGGUAAUGAAGCAAGAUUGUUGGGUGAAAGUGAGGGAUGUUGUUGUUUAUGAGCCUUGUGAAAUUCUUCCACCAGUAGCCCCAUUCAGCGCACUCCAUGAUGUGGAGAUUGGGCUAGUUCGUGGUUCGACUUUUGAGCUCGACGAUCCAGCACAGGAUGAUCAUGUGCUUUCGCGGAUGAUCCAGCACAGGAUGAUGAUGUUGAAACUUAAACCUUUCUUUGCGGUGAAUCUCUACGUCGAAAGUUUAGUCUCUCCUACCCCUAACAAGAGGGGUAACUGUGCCUAAGAUAUAUGAACUUUCACCUAAUUUUAAUUUUUGCACAUGAACUGAA